AUGAACUUGAUUAACGAAGUGAUUGAAAGAAAUUUGAAUUUUGAAUCAACUACGGAGGAACUUCGUAAUGCUGAGAAUGUACCAGUGGUUUCGCUUGAUGGGUUUCCUGUUGCUACUAAAAGAAGGCCUUCAAAAUGGAGCAAUAGGCUCCAUUCAAAGAAACCACAAACAUUUCCCACUGACGAGUUGAAAUCGUUGUAUAAAAAGACAGACUAUGUCUCAAAGCCAGAUAGAAUACUCCACCUUGGUGCCGAUACUCCUGGGUUGCAAAGUCCGUCUCAAGGAACUGCGGGGCAGUCCAAGGAUCUAAGUAAGUAUAUCAGUCGAGAGUCGUUACCAUUCUCACAACGCACGUCUUCAGAAAAUGAGAAAAACAGUGACUAUAUCAAUCCACAAACAAAAUCGCUUCAAUUCGUUGAUGAAUCUUGUUGUACUGAAAAUAUUGAGGGCUACGGAACUUGGAUAGGUGGAACAGUAAUUGAACCACCUAGCGUAUCGUCCAGCAAAACUGAAGGUAUCAAGUCGGCUAGUAGCACAGAAGCAUACAGUAAUGGGGAGGAUGCGUCCACUAAAAAGUGCAAAUUGAGCUGUAAAACUGAGUUUCAACAAUCACUUCAGUGGGAUGAUGUAGAGUAUUUCAAUGAGCUGUAUCCCAAAUGCAGCGAAUCAACUAUUGAAACGGAAAUACCCAAUAAUACAACCAUUAACACCAAAGAAAAAGAAUAUAUUGAACUUGACCUAAACGAUCCAGAAUUCAACGAGAAGCUACAUCAGAAGUAUUUUCCAGAUCUUCCAGCUCAUCCAGAACAGUUGGCAUGGAUGAGCCCUGUUACCAAUGAAACAGAAGAAGGGGAUGAUGUAGUCUAUGAUGAUGUUAAAGACAUCAGAUUUGAUUUUAAAGGUGAGAUGAUCCCUACGAGUAAAGUUUUGUCUAUUCCAACAGCAGAAGGCUUGCAUCAUCAUUCUCGUAAUCCGGGAAUGGCAGGCUACACAUUGCACGAGCUUGCAAGUUAUGCUUGCUCAACGUUUCCUAGUCAAAAAUGCAUCGCUAUUCAAACUUUGGGAAGGAUUUUGUACAAGUUAGGAAAGCAUAGUUAUCCUAUUUCCGUAGAUGAAAUCGAGGCCCGCGAUAGUGGCCGGUAUUUGCUUGCUUCCUUUGAAGACACGAUCUGGAAACUGAUAGAGGAAUUUCAUAUAAUUGAAAUUCUGAUAAAGUCAUCCAAUGAGAGGGAAACUUCUAAUCUGAGCAUAAGGAGCUAUGCAGUCGAGGCUCUCUGGUUAUGGAGAGCUGGAGAAGGUGACAAGCGCUCUCUUACUUCCCAACAUGGUAGUAACAAUUAG